CUGCUUUGUUGUUUGCUAGCAGGUGGAUUAGCGGUGUGACUCAGGCGAUGUGAAAAGCAUACAACAGUUUAAUGUGAUGCUUUUCGGAGAGAGAAAAUAGUUUAUAUAUAUUUCAGAAAAGAGCCAGGUGUGCUCGAAGUGGCGGGGAUGUGGGAAAAACGCAAUGGGAAACAUUUUCGCCAGGCAAGGACGUCCAAGCCGAGUAACAGAGCAGGACCGGGCUAUCUUGCAACUAAAACAGCAGCGAGAUAAACUGAAGCAGUACCAGAGAAAACUCACUGUUCAGCUGGAGAAAGAGAGGCUUCUCGCCAAACAGCUGCUAAAGGAUGGGAAGAAAGAAAGAGCUCUUCUGCUGCUCAAAAAAAAACGCUACCAGGAUCAACUUCUGGACAAGACUGAGACCCAGAUAAGCAACCUCGAGCGCAUGGUCCAAGACCUUGAAUUUGCUCAGAUUGAAGUAAAGGUCUUGGAAGGUCUGAAGGUUGGCAAUGACUGCUUGAAAAAAAUGCAUGAGGCACUGUCCAUUGAAGAAGUGGAGAGAAUAAUGGAGGAGACGCAGGAUGCCGUAGAAUAUCAGAAGCAAAUCGAUGACAUGCUGGCAGGCUCCCUGAGUCAGGAGGAUGAGGAGGCUGUGCUGGCAGAGCUGGAGGCCAUCACUCAGGAUGACGAUGUUAAACUUCCUGAAGUGCCCACUGAGCCCUUGCCUGCAGUGCCCAAGCUAGAGAAGGAGAGAAAACCAGCUAAAGUGAAGCAGGAUGGAGAGAUUCUGAUGGCAUAGUAGCUGAUGGUCUUGCGAUAUGGGUUGUGCUCAGCCUCCGCGCAUACGAAGAAGAGAGCACACUGUAAACACACCAUUCUUUCCUGUCAGCUCUUCCUGUGACUUUUCUUAAAACUGACUCUAAAUGUAUCGUAUGUACUGGCUUUAUUUAUUAGCACGAAGGUAAAAAUGUCUGAUUUUGUACAGAACCACUGAGCUUGAACGGAUCACCACCGUUCAGUUUGCAUCUGUCAGCUGUGAAUCAUACACUUAUGAUUCACAUAAUUAUGAUGAUGGUGGACCUUUUAUACAACUAUGUGUGUGUGUGGGGGGGUUGAUAUUGGAAGAUAAAUUAAAUAGAAACCCAUUACACAAUCUUGAGGAAGAAAAAAAAAAAUAACGGAGCCAGGAAAUGAAGGAACUUUGUGAUCUUGCACAACAUGAGACUGUGAUUUGAAGUAAAUGAUCACAGCUUGUUUUCUUUGCAUACGACUCUGGCUGUGUUACCUUGUAAUAUGUGAAACUGACCCUUUCGUGUAAGUAAAAUCCAUGCCAAUUUUGAGGAAA